AACCGUUUUUUUUUAAUUGACCCAAUAAUCUAUUGAAACUUUCAGAAUGUUGGGACCAGGAUCCUCACGUCCGUCCAAAUUUCGCUACCAUUUUGGAGCAACUAACUGCUAUUGAGGCCACAGUCAUAACAGAUUUACCCCAGGAAUCAUUUCACUCCAUGCAAGAUGAUUGGAAAAUGGAAAUACAGCAAAUGUUUAAUGAGCUGAGGACAAAGGAAAAAGAGUUGCGAUCACGAGAGGAGGAACUGACGAGGGCAGAGCUCCAACAGAAGUCCCACGAAGAGCUGCUGAAGAGACGGGAACAACAACUGGCAGAACGGGAAAUUGACGUGUUGGAGCGUGAGCUGAACAUUCUCAUCUUCCAGCUGAACCAAGAGAAACCAAAAGUGAAGAAAAGAAAAGGCAAGUUCAAGAGAAACCGGCUAAAGCUAAAAGAUGGAAACCGAAUCAGUUUACCUUCAGAUUUUCAGCAUAAGAUCACUGUUCAAGCUUCUCCAACUCUCGACAAGCGGAAAAGUUUGAAUGGCAGCAGUUAUAGUCCACCGAGCAGCCCCACCAUUAUCCCAAGACUAAGAGCUAUACAGCGUAAGUGCAGUGCUGGUUACAUCAAUCGUGUGUGUUAUAAUAGUUUUGUACUGCUUGCCAAUUAAGACAGGUGACAGAGA